AUGGCGCCAUCCAAGGCUGCCGUGGCAACGGCCAAAAAACACCGACUUACGCUCAACCAGCUGGCCGCUUACGACGACAUUCUGACGGACGCGCUCGUCGACCAUGCUUUUUACUGGGCUACGGUUCCCAAGAACCGCUCGUCCUACCAUCCGUCACGGGGGAUCCGGGAGGAGGACAUUGGCAAGAUCAUCCAGGAGGAAGUCAUUGUCAACCAGGACCUCGAAGCGGCGGAGAAGCGCCUGUUGGCGUCGGAUGGGCUCAAGAGGUUUGUCAAUGGCCUAAAGUCGGAUAAGGAAAAGGCCGACUUUGUGCAGCAUCUGCGACGUUAUCUUCGGAUAUACAGCCUUGAUUGCCCUUGGGAGGUCAGCACCACUAACCGAUACACCAUUGUCUCCCACGAAGCGUGCGUCAUUGCUAGACGAUAUAUCAAGCGCAACGAGACAAUCAAGUACCUCUCCGGCAUACAGAUCAACAUCACGCCCGAGGAGGAGAAGGAAAUCACAGUUCGAAAGAAGGAUUUUAGCAUUGUCGUCAGCUCCAGGAAGAAAUGCACCAGCUUAUUCAUGGGGCCCGCGCGAUUCGCCAACCAUGAUUGCCGCGCAAACGCCAAGCUCAUGACUACGGGUCACUCUACAAUCGAGAUUGUGGCGUCCAGGCCCAUUGAGGUCGGCGAAGAGAUUACCGUAACCUACAGCGACUGCUACUUUGGAGAUAAUAACUGCGAAUGUUUAUGCCGAACAUGCGAACAGGAGCUGAGGAAUGGGUGGGCACCAGAGGACGGGGCGGCAAACGUGAAAAUCAGCGUGGAAGGGGAUGAGCUGAAGGAAACCUACUCCCUACGUAGGAGACGAAGAGACGAUAGUAUCGGCCACUCUUCACGGACCUCGUCUGUGACUCCCGACAUGCGCCCGCGCAUCUACAAGACGAAACCGAAGAUGCAAAAAGCAGGCACCCACGAGGCAUCGGCAAUGCCCUCGCCUACCCCAGAAGCGACACCGCGCGGCCAAAAACGCACCAUGGAAGCGAUUGCGACUCCACCAAUCACGCCGGCCAAGAAGCUCAAGCUCACAUCAGAACCCUCAGAUGCGUCCUCGCGUCUGCUCUCUAUACCCAGUGCGGUCUCUAGCAUUGCUGAUUCGUCAAGCACUCGAAGCAUAACUCCUGGCCAGACGUACGCCCCAGAGACGGACUCUACGUCCCCUGAGAAAGAGAGCCCUGAGCCAGACACACAGACGUCCCAGACGUCGCAAAUAUUCUCAGUGCCAUCCUUGGAUGAAAAGAAUGGAAACUUUGCCUAUCAGGAUGCGGGCAACACUACAAUAGAGCCUGUUUCUCCUCCUCAUAGCAUGGGCAGCCGUGCGUCUCCUGAUAUGAUUCAAGCGGCGGCCCCCGUUCGUACGAUUCCGAGACCGCCACAGCUGAAGACCAUGUCCAUUUCUUCUAUUCUGAACGACCCCUCGCCUACUGACGAAUGUAUGGACAUGUAUUAUCCUUUCAUGAUGAAGAUUGAGGCGACCAGGGGACCCGUAGUAGAGUCGAAAUUCGAACUCAUUUCCGAACCAGAUGAGAUACAGCAAGAAGCACGACCAAGGGAAACACAGUCCAAAGAAACACGGCCAGAUGAAGAACAGCCAGGAGAAAUUCAGCCGGUGAUUGAAGUCAAGACUGCCAUUGGGAUUCAUGUGGAGACGAAAGUCGAGGCCGAGGCGAAAACUGAGGCGGUGCCAACCAUCGAGGUGGUGGCCGUCGACAGCAAGCCAAGACGCGGCAAAAGCCAAAAGACAAUCCUCAAGCAAUCAAUGCCGCCUCCGUCUCGAGUACGAACGCCAGGGGAUUAUGUCCUUACGCCACUGCUCCUUUCAGAGCCUGACAUGGCCUGGAUCCAGUGCUCCAACUGCAGUGACUACUUUGUCCAGCAAAAUGCCUACUUUACACGAUCAUCUUGCCCAAGAUGCGAGCGACACUCAAAGAUUUACGGCUAUGCCUGGCCCAAGACAAACAGGACGGGGCCAUCCGAUAAAGAAGAGCGGAUUUUGGAUCACCGGAUGGUACAUCGGUUCCUCAAUUCCAACGACGAACGGAGAGCCAGAGGCCGAAAGCUUCUAGGAGAGAGCAGAGAUGGCACAGAAGAGCUGAGCGCUGAUAGAGGCAGGACCUCUCAGAGAGAACCUAAUAAAGCGGGCGGCAGGGGUCAAAAAGAGGACGGGGCAAGAGUUCGGCGCAGUGGCCGAGCAAGACAGAUGAGCAGCAAGCUGGCUGAAUGGUGA